UACAUGGAUGGCUACAAAGAUUUCACUCUUGAUCCCAUUAAUUUUCCCGUGGAGGAGAUGAAGAAAUUUGUCAAUGCACUUCACCAGAAUGGUCAGAAAUAUGUGGUCAUCCUAGAUCCUGGCAUUAGUGUAAAUAAGACGUAUCCUACUUAUACAAGAGGAAUGCAAGCUGACAUCUUCAUAAAGCGUAAUGGUAUUCCUUACCUUGGCAAAGUUUGGCCUGGAUUAACCUACUUCCCAGACUUUCUGAACCCAUCCACUGGAAUGUUUUGGGGUAAUGAAAUCAAAAAAUUCCAUGAACUUCUUCCUGUUGAUGGCCUCUGGAUUGACAUGAAUGAGGUAUCUAAUUUCAUAUCCUCACCUCCCAAUCCAUCUUCUACUCUUGAUAAUCCUCCCUACAAGAUCAAUAAUGCUGGAAUUCAACGUCUCAUUGGUGAGGAAACUAUUCCUGCAACUUCACUACAUUUUAGCAACAUUACAGAGUACGAUGCACACAAUCUCUAUGGAUUUUUGGAAUCCAAAGCUACUAACGAAGCUUUAGUCAAUGUAACUGGUAAAAGGCCAUUUGUAGUAAGCAGAUCUACUUUUGUGGGUUCUGGAAAGUACACGGCUCACUGGACUGGAGACAAUGCUGCCACCUGGAGGGAUUUGGCAUACACAAUACCAAGCAUCUUGAAUUCUGGAUUGUUUGGAAUUCCAAUGGUCGGUGCCGACAUAUGUGGUUUUUCUGGAAACACGACUGAAGAACUUUGCCAGCGCUGGAUUCAGCUAGGUGCAUUCUAUCCCUUUGCAAGAGACCAUUCGGACAAGGAUACCAUUCGUCAAGAGCUAUAUCUCUGGAAAUCAGUCAGGACAACAGCCAGGAAAGUUCUAGGACUUCGUUACCGCCUAUUGCCUUACUUCUACACAUUGAUGUACGAGGCACACUGCAAAGGCAUACCUAUAGCACGACCAAUUUUCUUUUCGUUUCCCCUGGAUAAAAACACCUACAACAUCAGCUCGCAGUUUCUACUCGGUAAGGGGAUUUUGGUGUCACCUGUACUAGAGCCUGGAGCAGUUUCUGUUGACGCCUAUUUUCCAGCAGGGAAUUGGUUCAACCUCUUUGACUACUCAAGUUAUGUGAAUUCCCAAGAAGGAAUUUAUGUCAAGCUCGAUGCACCUCCUGAUCAUAUCAACGUGCAUGUUCGGGAAGGAAACAUAUUAGCUAUGCAAGGAGAAGCAAUGACA